AUGAAGUCGACCUUCGGAUUGCUCGCUCUGGCAGCGGCAGCUAAGCUCGUCAGCGCCCACGCCACUGUCCACGCCGUCUGGAUCAACGACGUGGACCAGGGCGCGGGAAACUCCGCUAGCGGAUACAUUCGCUCUCCCCCCAACAACAGCCCUCUCACUGAUGUUACCUCCGCCGAUAUGUCUUGCAACGUCAACGGCAAGAACCCCGUUGCUAAGACCCUCUCCGUCAAGGCCGGUGACAAGGUCACCUUCGAGUGGCACCACGACUCUCGUACUGCCUCCGACGACAUCAUCGCUUCCUCCCAUAUGGGUCCUGUCAUGGUCUACAUGGCUCCCACCGAGAAGGGAACAGCUGGCAACGGCUGGGUCAAGAUCGCCGAGGAGGGCUACUCGAACGGCAAAUGGGCGGUUGCUAACCUGAUCGCCAACAAGGGCAAGCACUCGAUCACCGUUCCCGAUGUCCCCGCCGGCGAGUACCUGCUCCGUCCUGAGAUCAUCGCCCUGCACGAGGGUAACCGCCAAGGUGGCGCCCAGUUCUACAUGGAGUGUGUCCAGGUCAAGGUCACCUCUGCCGGCACCAAGACCCUUCCUGCCGGUGUUUCCAUCCCCGGUGCCUACAAGGCCACUGACCCCGGCGUUCUCUUCGAUAUGUACAACUCCUUCACCAGCUAUCCCAUUCCUGGCCCUGCUGUCUGGGACGGCUCUUCCUCCGGCUCUUCCGGCUCUAGCCCUGCUAAGACUGCCCCGCUGCCCUCUCCCACCACAUUGGUUACUGCCGCCAAGCCCACCACCACUGCUGCUCCCGCUGCUACCGCUGCUCCUCCUGCCAACUCUGGCUCCAACUCUGGCUCCAGCUCCGGAAGCGCCAGCGGCUCUGUCAAGGUGUACCAGCAGUGCGGUGGCAAGAACUACUCCGGUGCCACGAGCUGCGAGGCUGGUCUCGUCUGCAAGCAGUGGAACCCUUACUACCACCAGUGCCUCAAGGCUUAA